GACGUCUUCGACAAUCCCCCCCUUGACUCCGAAGCUGUCAGGUCUUUGUGUACAAAGACAGAAUGGAAUCCACAUCUUGUCUUCACCUGCGCCAAUAACGGCGGUGGCAUAGGCAACGUGCGGAACUCGAUUUUAAUAUGUGUCAGACAUAGCAUUGCAGCGGGUGCCGGUCUCGUGAUGCCUCAGCUUCUCCUCCGCAAACCCGAUGAUAUAACGGACAUUUGGACCAAAGACCGAAUUCCCUUUUCCUAUAUGUUUGACGAGCAACAUUUUGUGGAUUCUUUGAGGAUCUCGUGUCCAGGAUUGAUAUUAUAUCGUUCUGAAGACGAGAUAGGAAAGUUAGCAAACGCGACUAGGCAUAACCUGCAUGUCGAAGACAUCGCAUCGAAACCGUUUUUCUUCGCAAGAGCCAUGUUGGUUGACAGGCCCGAACUAUGGCCGCAAGACUUCUCCAACUGGCUUCAAAAAGAGAAACUCACCUCCACCGCCGAGAAACCGCUCAUUGUCGAUCUCGUCCGCUCUUAUCUCAGCUACCCCGCCUAUUCUGACGGCAAAGAGUUUGCGGAGUCCUUCGGGGGCAUCCUCAAAUUUCGUUCCGACGUCCGCAUUCUAGCCACGAAAGUGCUCGUCUCACUCUUGAAAACCUCUGGCACCCCACUGAAUAUCUCGGCCCGUUUCCAAGAGAAUGCUUUCCUCGGUGCCCAUCUCCGAACGGAAGCCGAUGCCAAGAAAUCUUGGGGAAACAGUUACGGCACACAGUUAGAUUCUUAUGUCAAACAAGCCCUUUCAACCGGCCUUUCACUUAUUUACCUCACUUCUGGGGACGUAUCCGAAGCCACGAAAUUUACCAAUGAUGUGCAGCCCCACAAUCUUAAAGUUGUGACCAAACACGACUUCUUAAGCGGGGGGGAUAGAGAGGAAUUGCUGGCUUUAACCUGGGAUCAGCAGGCAUUGGUGGAUUACCUCGUGUUGUUGCAAUCGUCGAGCUUUGCUGGCUCAGGCACUUCGAGUUUUAGUUGGAACAUUGGCCUGUGGAGACAUAUCUUUGCACGGCAGAGGGAACAUUUGAACGGGCCACAGCCAUUGAGUGAUGAAUUGAGUCAAGUUUAUGGACUGUAUCCAAGACAGUAUCCCCAAUAUGAUACUGGUAUAUGGCCUUAAAGGUUGUUAACAAUGGAUCGCGGGCUCAAUGCUUUGAACGUAGCCGG